AUGUCUUUGAACCUGUCAUUCGAUAGAUCUAAGGGAUCCAGUAGUGCCUUGAAGCUGGCGAAUAAUUUAAAGAUCGCUCUUGCUCAAAAAUUAGCCGAUGCCAAAUCUAAAUUAUCCAUUGAUCUGGAAUCCAAUGAGUUAGGACUCACAGUUGCCGGGUCCGAAUUCCGUUUGUUUAACGCCAAUGCUAUUUUGAGAUAUGUUCUUGCCGAUUUCGAAGGUACUGAGUCCCCAGAAACGCAUUUCGCGGUUUCGUCACUCGAAGCUUUACUGCACCAUCCUAACGCUCCUCAGGAGCAUGUUGACGAAACUGUGAACAAAGCUUUGGCCAACUAUUUGCCAGGUCUUUCUGAGCCCGUCAGUGCUACCAAACUAAUCACUUUUGCCAACGCUUAUGCCUUGAGCCCCGCUUUGGUGGAAGCCCAGCUAAAAGAUCUUCCAGAACCUAUCUCCGCUGCAAUCUCCAUCGCCAAGUCAUCAACACCAAGAGAAUCGUCAAGUGCUAAACACACCGGUGCCGUAAAUGUCGACACCAAUUUCUCCAUCAAAAAACACGAUUCUGAGAUUUUGCCUAAAGAGGGCGAGCGUAACGUUUUGAUCACCUCUGCACUUCCUUAUGUGAACAAUGUCCCUCAUUUGGGUAACAUUGUUGGCAGUGUGCUUUCUGCAGACAUCUAUGCCCGUUACUGUGAGGCCAGAAACUACAACGCCUUGUUCGUUUGCGGUACUGAUGAGUAUGGUACAGCCACUGAGACCAAGGCCCUUGAAGAAAAAUGCACACCGCGUGAACUUUGUGAUAAAUACCACAAAAUCCACAAAGAUGUCUACGAUUGGUUCCAAAUUGGGUUCCACCACUUCGGAAGAACCACCACGGACCAGCAAACUGAGAUUGCCCAGGGUAUUUUCAAUGAUCUGAACAAAAACGGCUUCUUGGAAGAACAAUCGAUGAAGCAGUUGUACUGCGAGACUCACAAAUCUUACCUAGCUGAUAGGUUCGUGGAGGGUAUCUGUCCGAAGUGUGGAUACGAAGACGCUCGUGGUGACCAAUGUGACAAAUGCGGUUCUUUGCUAGAUCCAUUUGAGUUGGUUGAACCUCGCUGUAAACUGGAUGGUAGUAAACCCGUCCCACGAUUCUCAGACCAUGUGUUCAUCUCUUUGGACAAGCUUGAGCCAGAGAUCAAAGCUUGGGUGGAGAAAUCGUCUAGAGAGGGCCAAUGGAGUAAGAACUCAAAGACCAUUACCAAUUCAUGGUUGAAGGAAGGCUUAAAACCCCGCUGUAUCACCAGAGACCUUGUGUGGGGUACCAAGGUGCCCAUGGAGAAGUACAAGGACAAGGUUUUGUACGUGUGGUUUGACGCUCCAAUCGGAUAUGUGUCCAUUACUGCCAAUUACACCAAAAAAUGGGAAGAAUGGUGGAAAAACCCCAAGAAUGUUGAAUUGUAUCAAUUCAUGGGUAAAGACAAUGUUCCUUUCCACACCGUCAUCUUCCCAGGCUCUCAGCUUGGUACGGGAGUGGACUGGACUAUGCUGCAUCACUUAAGCACAACGGAGUAUCUCCAGUAUGAAGGAGGUAAGUUUUCAAAAAGUAGAGGCGUUGGUGUGUUCGGAAAUAACGCCAAAGAAACCGGUGUAUCUCCUAGUGUGUGGAGAUACUACUUAGCGUCCAUGAGACCCGAGUCGAGCGACUCCCAUUUCUCUUGGAACGACUUUGUUGCCCGUAACAACGGUGAACUGCUUGCCAACCUCGGAAAUUUCGUGAACAGACUAGUCAAGUUUGUCAACGCCAAGUACAAUGGCGUUGUGCCGGAGUUCUCUACCAGCAGCUUGAAUGAUUACGAGUCCUUGAAGAAGGAUUUGGACUCAACUUUGACCAGCUACAUCGACGAGAUGGAACAAACACACGAAAGACGUGGUCUUGAGUUGGCCAUGGCGCUGAGCGCCCGUGGUAACUUGUUUUUGCAAGAAAACAAGCUAGACAACACCCUAUUUUCAGACUUCCCAGAAAAGUCCGAUGCAGUCGUUGGUGUCGGUCUCAACCUUGUCUACGCUGUUGCGUCCGUCAUUUAUCCAUUCAUGCCUGAAACUGCCGAAACGAUUUACAGGAUUUUGAAUGCUCCACCACUACGCAUUGAAAACACUUUCAACCUCAGCAUACAUGGAGGACACAAUAUCAACAAAGCCGAAUACCUCUUCAAGCGUAUCGACGAGAAGAAGAUCGACGAAUGGAGAAACAUGUAUGGUGGUCAGCAGAAAUAA